AUGCCACGAUUUUCCGGUUGCUGUAUGGAUCCGGACGGUCGGCAUUGCAUGAAGCUUGACGCACUGCCCAUUUUGAAGCAUGUCAUGUCUGAAGUGGAGAGCCAAUGUGCUCGACCCUCUAGUUCAGGGUUUGACAGAAAGUCCGUCGAAGCUGGUGUUGCUGGGCGAAACGAAAAGCUGGUGCCCGAAGCUAUAGGGCGAAGUUGGACAUGGCUCUUAGAAGAUGGUAGAGCUGCCAUGAAGCCGGUUGGAAAUGCCAAAAGUAUUGGUAUUGAUAUUAUUAUUGACAUUGGCAUUCUUGUUAACAUUGACAUUGGACUUGGUUUUGCCAUUGUGAAUAGUAUUUCCAUUGGUAUUUGCAUUGGUAUUUGCAUUUGUAUUGGUAUUGGUAUUGGCGAUGGCCUUGCUAUCAGCAUUGGUAUUGAUUAUGGUAUUGACAUUGGCAUUGUUGUUAACAUUAGCAUUAGACAUGGUAUUGGCAUUGUGAAUAGUAUUUGCAUUGGUAUUUGCAUUGGUAUUUGCAUUUGUAUUGGUAUUGGCGAUGACAUUGCCAUCAGCAUUGGUAUUGAUUUUCGUAUUGACAUUGGCAUUGUUGUUAACAUUAGCAUUGGACUUGGUAUUGGCAUUUUGAAUGAUAUUUGCAUUGGUAUUUCCAUUGGUAUUUGCAUUUGUAUUGGUAUUGGUAUUGGCGAUGGCAUUGCCAUCAGCAUUGUUAUUGAUAUUGGUAUUGACAUUGGCAUUCUUGUUAACGUUGGCAUUUGA